GGCGGCUAGGCGCAAGAAGUCCUUGGGCUUCUUACAUAAUAGCAAUUUCCUAUCUGUAGAUUAUCUUGUUGAUGUUUAUAACAUGCCUGGGAAGCUGCUUAGUUGGUAUGUUAGGAAUAUUUGUUUAAAUGUGAUCUGAGACUGUCUGGUUCACUUGUCAUUUUAUUGCAUGGAAGUGAGAGAGAAACGGAGGUUUUUUUCCUAUCAUGUAUUGACAACCCGGCUUUUCAUAUUGAGAAUGAGACGUAAUGUAACUUUUGCAUGCUGUACUAAAUUAAUACCAUACUACAUAGUAAUCAUUUGCUACUACUUCAAGAUGUGGUUGCAUCACUUCAACUGAGAAACUUCACCCAUCAUUGAAGUGCUCUGGGAUCCAUCUGAAUGAAAGGUGGAUUGGAAUUCUUGUUUUGUACUCCAUUCACAAAGGGAAAUUUAACUGUACUGGAGGGGGAUUGUUGCACAGCUACCUGCUUGUCCUCCUCAUUCUCCUGGCUGCCAUAAUAUGUGCUGUAUCUGCUAUUGUGUGUAUCAGUAUGCAAGGAACAAUUUCUAACCCUGGGCCAAGGAAAUCUCUUCCUAAAUUGCUUUAUACUCGGCUAGGUCUUUAUAUCCCAGAAUUGGUCUGGGCAGUUGUGGGAGCUAUAUGGGUGUCGGACACCGAUGUACAUUGCGAAAGGACUGUGGUAAAUGUCGUAUUCUGGACAGUUAUUGCAAGCUGGGUUAUCAUCAUCUUUACCAUCGUUGCAGUUGCAAUUGUCUUUGAUCCUCUUGGGGGGAAAAAAACACUGUACCUGGCUGAUGAUAUAAAUCGCAACUUGGAAAGCAGUCAAUCAGGUCAAUUGUUUUAUAAUGUCAAGAAGACCGCAACCAGAGUCUGGGAGACGAGAAUCAGGUUACUGUGUUGUUGUAUUAUGCAAGAUGAUGAUCACCGAGUGGCUUUUACAAGUAUUGCAGAACUUUUCCGCACCUACUUCUCAGACACUGAUCUGGUGCCUAGUGACAUAGCAGCAGGCUUGACUCUGCUCCAUCAAGAGCAAGAUAAAGUGGAAAACUGCCCAAAAGAGCCUGAAGAAGUCCUGUGUCAUUCCCACCCAUCCCAUGUGACUGAUGAUUUGGAUAUUGAAUUAGAAAAUGCUGCUCACUACAUGCAGUUUGCUGCAGCUGCUUAUGGAUGGCCUUACUACAUAUACACUAACCCAUUUACUGCAUUCUGUAAGCUUAACGGUGACUGUUGCAGAAACAGCCCAACAGAUUUUGAUAUAAUUGGUGGUGAUCGUCUUAACUUUCACUUUGGAUCCAUCCUAAAAAUAACAGGGCUACAGUACAGAGAUUUCAUUCAUAUCAGCUUUCAUAACAAGAUUUUCGAGAUCCCAUUUUUUGUUGCUUUGGAUCACAAAAAGGAGGCUAUUGUGGUUGCAGUGAGAGGAACCUUGUCUUUUGAGGAUAUCCUCACUGAUCUGUCAGCAGAGUGUGAAGAUCUGACGCUUGAAGACAUUCUGGAAAAUGGUUUUGUACAUAAGGGGAUAACUCAAGCAGCAAAUUACAUCUACAGAAGGCUAAUAAAUGAUGGCAUUUUAAACAAGGCUUUCACUAUUGCUCCUGAAUAUAAACUAGUUAUAGUUGGUCACAGUUUAGGUGGUGGAACAGCUUCCGUAUUGGCCAUCAUGCUUAGAAACUCCUUCCCAACAUUAAGAUGUUAUGCCUUUUCUCCUCCAGGAGGAUUGUUAAGCAAAUCACUUGCAGACUACUCUAAAAGCUUCAUUGUGUCAGUCAUUGUUGGAAAGGACCUUGUUGCAAGGUUAAGUAUGCCCAACAUGGAAGACCUGAAGAGAAGGAUAGUGAGAAUAGUUGCUAAUUGCAACAGGCCGAAGUACCAGAUCCUGCUAUAUGGGUGUUGGUAUGAAGUGUUUGGAGGAGAUCCAGAUAACUUCCCAACUGAGUUAGAUGGUAGAAAUCAAGCUGCCCUAACCCAGCCUCUUCUAGCUGAAGAGAGUUUAAUGAUGCAUCGGUCACCUUCUUACAAUGCCAUUGAGGAUGAAUCUCCUUUAGAUGCUCCACCUCAGUCUCGUCAUCUUUAUCUCCCAGGAAAAAUCAUCCAUAUUGUAGAAAAAACCAGCUCAAGAAGGUGGUGUUCUUCUGAUGUUAAAUAUACUGCAAGAUGGUCAAAAGAAACAGCCUUUAGCAAUAUUUUAAUAAGUCCCAAGAUGAUAACGGAUCACAUGCCAGAUGUUGUGCUCAAAGCCCUGAACAACUUGACUGAGGAAAAAGCAUCUUGUAUUACCUGUCAAAUAGAAGGAGACUUUCACACCAACACAGUAUGACUAAGAGAACAGCCCUAUUUUUUUUUCUUUAGGCUUCAAGUAUUCAGGAGCCUUUAACCUCAGACUUAAGUGGUGGUGUGUGGUUUUUUUUGUUUUGUUUUUACAUCCCUAAAAUAGAAACUGUGGAGGGAUUGUCUUGGUGAUGGUCAUAAUGCAAAAUGUAUUUUACUCUGCAGAGGUUCUGCAAAGGUAAACAUUACUGGCUAACUGUAAUAAGAUAGUUAAAAUGAAUGUAUUCAGGAUUUUGACAGAAGCAGAUAUGACCUUUCUGGAAAUGGAACAGUAAGAUGAGUCUUAGCCAGUUACAUGUAAAUUACUGUACAUUUCAUUUAACAGCUUGAAGGAUUCGGAUAAACUGAGAACACAAUUUAUAGGGAGACUGAGCUAGAGCAGAGGAACCAUGAGACCUAAAUUCUAAUUUUAGCUCUGCUACAAACUUGCUAUGUUAUCUUGAGCAUGUCACUUAACUUCCAUUGUGCCUCAGUUUUAGAUGUGUAAAAUGAGGGUAUUUCCCAUCUUUGCAAAGCAUUGAGAUUCUUGGGUGAUGUAAAAGCACAGCAUUAAUAUUUAUUAGAAAUGGACACUGCCAGUAGGAAGUUUCAUUAAAGGAAAUUGGGUAGUAAAUGAUGGUGCAGUUGCAAAUCUAGUGCAAAGAGAGAGAGAGGGUUAAAAU